GGCAACCUGCACUGACAAUCACACAGAGACUCCCUCAUAGUUGUUAGCUGUUUGUUCUGCUCGGAGGAAGACAUCAAGGAGCCGCAGGAGGAAAAAAAACAUGGAAAAUGAAAGCAAGAGGAAGAUGAAGGAGAGAUUUGGCCUGAGGCGGGACAUCUUUAAGGAGUUCCUGGCGGAAUUUCUGGGGAUAUUUGUCCUGAUACUCUUUGGAUGUGGUUCAGUGGCCCAGACGGUGCUGAGUAAAGGGGCUCUCGGGGAGCCUUUGACCAUCCAUGUUGGUUUCACUCUGGGAGUCAUGAUGGCCGUCUACAUGGCAGGGGGCGUGUCAGGAGCCCAUGUGAACCCUGCGGUGUCUCUGGCCAUGGUGAUCCUGGGGAAGCUUCCACUGAAGAAGUUCCCUGUGUAUGUGGUGGCACAGUUCCUGGGGGCUUUUGCUGGAUCCUGUGCUGUCUAUGCAUUGUAUUAUGAUGCUUUAAUGGAAUUUACCGAUGGAGAAUUUGCUGUUACUGGUGCAAACGCCACAGCCAAUAUAUUUGCAUCAUAUCCUGCAAAACAUCUCUCAGUCCUGAAUGGGUUUGUUGAUCAGGUAAUUGCAACUGCCUCGCUCAUCCUGUGUAUCCUGGCCAUCACUGACAGGAAGAAUAUCGGUGCUCCAAAGGGCAUGGAGCCACUGUGCAUCGGCCUGAUCAUCCUGGCCAUCGGAGUGUCCAUGGGUCUGAACUGCGGCUAUCCAAUCAACCCGGCACGAGACCUUGGCCCACGGUUCUUCACAGCUGUGGCCGGGUGGGGGAUGGACGUAUUCAGAGCUGGAGGUUGCUGGUGGUGGAUUCCUGUGGCGGGGCCCAUGGUGGGCGGAGUAGUUGGAGCCGGCAUUUACUUCCUCUUCAUUGAGUUGCACCAGCAAGAGCCUGAAAAACAGGAGGAGAACAAUGUCCAGGACAAAUAUGAAAUGAUUACUAUGAGUAAAAAUUUAGAAUGAGGGUUGAAGCUGAUUUUCACCCUCAGAUGGCAAAAAUGUUUGUCUAGAUGAAGCAUUUUAUACAUUUUUAUGAUCAAAGUUCAGUGAAAAUUUACAGUUAAUGGUUUAAUACAAAGCAUGCAUCAAAGCAUCUGACUACACAAUUUCAUAGUCAUUUAUAAAAUAUGCAUGAACCUUUUACGAAGCCUUUAAAAUCUAUUUUUGGAUAAAAUCUGGUCUGUUUGUAGGUUCGAGGUUUUACCUGCCUGGGCUCUUUCAUAUAUCAAAAUGUUAAACUUGCUCUUUAGACAUCAAGCUUCUCUUUUAAUUCCAUGAAUCAUAAUCUACUGCAGAGUUUCCUCUGCAUUGUAGCUAUGCAGUAUUCUUUAUUUCCUAACUGGGAUCAUGUCCUUCUUGUUAGAAAUAUUUGCCAAGAUUCUGUACAGCAUUUUUAUUUUCACUCAACAAACAGGGUCAUUAAACACAUGUAGCACUUAGAAACUGUUGAUUUAAUGUGUAAAUGUCGUAAUUUAUAUUACUUUUAGCCAAUGUGUUACAGUAAUGAUGUGUUUGAUGGAGUAACGUCCUUAUUCUGUUUCACUUCAUUCUUUGCAUGUGUGUUUAAAACUGUGAAUGAUUGCUCUACAGCGUUGUAGUUUUUACAACAUGUUUAUGUAGAAAAUCCAGCCUUAAAUGAUUACACUGGCAUUGCUUACUUUUUCACUCAUCUCCACAAGUUUGUGGCACACAAACUUGUGUUAUAUUGCUGGAUUACAGAUUUAUGUUACUUGUUACAGACGCCCUUGAUACUGAAAAGCCAUAAAUUAACAUGAGACAUGUAAAUGUGCUUUCUGCACCAAAAAAUGUUUAGUUUCCAGCAGAAGCUUUUGCAAAUGUCACUGAAUUGAAGUGUUUACAUUAAAAAUGAUUCUGAGCUAAGGUGAAAAAGCUCACAUUUUUGAGGUGGUUUUACAAAAAGAACAAUACUGUGUUUAUUAAUUGUGCUUUUAUGUUUUAUGAUGCUUGUAUCCUGUGAGCACAGACAUGAAUUUGCAAAGACAAACCAAAUGUCAACAGGCCAAGUUAGUUGAACAUGCAACAUGAACAUGAACAUUUGUACAUAAACUAACUGUGAGAUUUUACUGUACCGCACUGAAUAUUAUUUCUCAACACAAGACACCUGUUUGACAACAUGACAAUAUCUCAAAUUAAUAGUUUUUCUUAUUCAUUUGUUUCCUUUACUUUUGUGAAACAGAAAAAAUGUGAAGAACAUCGUAGGCACAAACAUUAAAAAGGGAUAUUUUUGUGAGGUGAAUUAUACACGCAGUUCAUCAUUUGGUCCUGCUUUCACCAGAACUCAUGCAGAGAACCUUGUAUGUGGCCUACGUUUGAAUCUCAGUAAUCACAGUUUGAAAAGCAGCUGAAGGAAUUUGUUUCACUGAAUCUGUUCAGCUGUUGUGUGAGAUGAUGAAUAUUCUGUGUCUCCCUGUCCACUUUGAUGUCAGUGCUUCGGAGUCGCAGCCUGCCAGGUAUUAGCAUUUUCAUCUUUUUGUCUCUGUUUGUAAUUUUUUUUUUUUUUUGUUGAGUUGCUUUUUCUAAGUUAGUUUCCUAACAUGAUUUUAUCUGUCUGUAUCAGCUGUUUUUCUUAUUCAGUGUAUCUCAAUGUUGAAUAAAAUUUGUUGAAGAACUUAGGAGUGUAACACUUAAUGAUGGCACGAUAUUUUGUGAUACAUAAAUGUGAUGAUGUGCAACUAUGACACCUCUCAAAAGGUACCCACUGUUUUCAUUUAGAAAAUGAAUUGAAUUAAAACGACUACUACU